AUGAGUCUGAGAAGGAUGAACCCGAGCAAAUCCCUGCAGGUUCACACUCAAUUUAACCCCAUUCAGAGCAUGGCAGCAGAAUCUCAAGAUAAUUCAUCUAAUGAAGGAUCUUCUGCUGACGGUACCAAGCUUAUGAAGUCGAUGACAUCUCUGCUUACCUCUCUACAGAAGAAUGUGGUAAAUCAAGGAUCGAAUAUGGCAAAGAUCUUGAAGACCCAUAAAGAGGACAUAAAACACUUCGCUGAACAUGUCAAAAUCCUUAAUGAUUUGGAUAAGACACUGAAGAAGAAUACGUAUGAGACUCAUGUCUCAAAUUCAAAUUUCUCCAAAUUUAAAAAGCAGCUCUUCAGUCGUCAAUUAGAAAUGAUGAGCCUUGAAAGGCAAAUCAAUCUUGAUAAUCAACGAGAGAUUAUGGAAACAAUGGAAUUAUUUCAGAAUCGGCUGGUUGAAAUUCAAGGCAGCAUGAGAAGAACAGAUGCUGAAAGAUUGGAGUAUGCCGACUCCAUUGCAAGGAAAUUUCAAGCUAAAGAGAAUGCGAAAGCUGGUGCUGAGAAAGAACAAACUCGUAUCACUCAAGGUGAGCCUAGUAGAAGAAGUGACAGUAUAUCAACUGGCACCAGAUCUAAGCGAGCGCCAACCAAUGAUGAAAAUACAAGGCCAACUAAAAUAGGCGGAGGUCGCAGCGGUGGUGAUCGUGGAGGCCGAAGCAGUGGUGGUGGUCGUGGUGGGCGACCUGGUAGUGAUCGAGGAGGUCGGAGUAACGGUGGUGAUCGUGGAGGCCAGAGUGAUGGAACCGCUCGUGGUGGUCGCGCUCUUCCUCCUUUUCGCAAUUUGCUAACCGGUCAAGAGAUGACGGGUGAAGGGAUGAGCUAUGAAGGAACUCGUUUCCCUAUCGAUCCUCGAGUGAAAAGUGAAGAACAAUAA